CUCGAUUUAUUGGAUUAUAAAUAGACGAGUUUGUAUUUCAUUUGAAAACUACACCAAAUUCAAAUUCAAACAUCAAUGGCGGAGAAGGAUAGAAGAAGCAAAUCCAUGGAAUCGAGAAGGAGAAAGAGAACCAGUAGCGAAGAACAUUCAUAUGCUGCUGCUGCUUCUUCUCCAUGGGACAUUGUGGCUCCUUCUCCAGUUCCAAUUAGGGCAUCGGUAAGUUCUUCAACUUCUAAGUAUCCUGCAAAAAAUCACAAUUUUAGUGCUAAAAAAAGUAAUUUUACAUCUGAAAUAGGUAGUAGAAUUGAUUAUUCACGAACUAGAAAAAAAAUUGUCGGUAAAAACUGGGAGGAUCAUCAGCUUUUGAGAUCUGGAGCUGUUAGAGGUAACAAGGUGGAGACGGGAUUUGAUGAUGAUGAAGAGGAACGGAAGGUGAUUCUUCAUGUUUGUGAUGUAAAGCUGCCUCCUUUUUUGGAUGGGAGAGUUUUCACUGACCAAGCUGAGCUGAUAUUGCCAAUUAAGGAUGCAAUGUCUGAUAUGGCAGUAAUUUCACGAAAAGGGUCAGCUCUUGUUAGGGAAAUACACGAAAAACAGAAGAGGGAUAAGUCUAGGCAAAGAUUUUGGGAGCUAGCUGGGUCGAAACUCGGAGAUAUUCUAGGUGUGGAGAAGAGUGUUGAUGAGACUGAUGCAGAUACUGUUGUAGUGGGUGAGGAUGGUGAGGUUGAUUUUAAGGGAAAAGCCAGAUUCUCGCAGCAUUUAUCUGUCGGUGAUUUUACAAAAUCGAAAACAAUUUCACAGCAACGGCAGAAUUUGCCAAUAUUCUCUGUGCGAGAUGAGUUAUUGCAAGUGGUUCGUGAAAAUCAGGUGGUGGUUAUUAUAGGAGAAACUGGUUCUGGCAAAACAACACAGCUAACUCAGUACUUGUAUGAAUAUGGUUAUACAGUUAAUGGGAUCAUAGGUUGCACCCAACCUAGACGUGUGGCAGCGAUGAGUGUUGCGAAAAGAGUUAGUGAGGAAAUGGAAAGUGAGCUCGGGGAUAAAGUUGGAUAUGCUAUUCGUUUCGAAGAUGCCACUGGGCCAAGUACUGUUAUUAAGUACAUGACCGAUGGUGUGCUCUUAAGGGAAACUCUUAAGGAUCCUGAUCUUGAGAAAUAUAGUAUGAUUUUAAUGGAUGAAGCCCAUGAGAGAUCACUUGACACUGAUGUCCUUUUUGGCAUUCUGAAGAAAGUUGUAGCUAGGCGGCGUGAUUUUAAGCUUAUUGUCACUUCUGCCACUCUCAAUGGCGAGAAGUUCUCGAACUUCUUUGGGGGUGUACCAAUAUUUAACAUACCUGGAAGGACUUUUCGAGUUCAAAUAUGUCAUAGUAAAACCCCGUGUGAAGACUAUGUUGAAGCUGCAGUUAAGCAAGCCAUGACCAUCCAUAUUGCUGGUGCACCUGGUGAUAUACUCAUCUUCUUAACUGGUCAGGAUGAGAUUGAAGCAACCUGUUAUGCACUUUCAGAGCGGAUGGAACAACUUAUCUCAUCAACAGAGCAACCAGUACCCAAGCUGUUAAUUCUUCCUAUAUACUCUCAACUGCCUGCUGAUCUGCAAGCAAAAAUUUUCCAUAAAGCUGAAGAUGGGGCUCGCAAAUGCAUUGUUGCUACUAAUAUUGCUGAGACGUCCUUGACCAUUGAUGGAAUUUUCUAUGUCAUUGAUACAGGGUAUGGUAAAAUGAAGGUGUACAAUCCCUGUAUGGGUAUGGAUGCUCUGCAAGUGUUCCCCAUUAGUCGAGCUUCUGCAGAUCAACGAGCUGGUCGAGCUGGUAGAACUGGCCCAGGGACUUGUUACCGACUUUAUACAGAGAAUGCUUAUGAGAAUGAAAUGCUGCAAAGCCCCGUGCCAGAGAUUCAACGGACAAAUCUUGGGAAUGUGGUUUUGCUGCUCAAGUCUCUCAAAAUUCAGAACUUGUUGGAUUUUGAUUUUAUGGAUCCACCUCCUCAAGAUAACAUCCUUAACUCCAUGUAUCAGUUGUGGUUACUAGGUGCACUGAAUGAUGUUGGUGAUUUAACGGACCUUGGACGAAAAAUGGUGAAGUUCCCGUUGGACCCUGCCCUUGCCAAAUCUCUGAUGGGGGAACAACUAGAAUGCUUAAAUGAGGUUCUGACAAUUGUUUCUAUGCUUUCAGUGCCUUCAGUUUUCUUUCGACCUAAGGAUAGGGAAGCGGAAAGUGAUGCUGCUAGGGAAAAGUUUUUUGUGCCAGAAUCUGAUCACCUUACAUUGCUUAAUGUUUACCAGCAAUGGAAAGCUAAUGAAUACAGAGGAGACUGGUGUAAUGACCAUUUUUUACAGGUCAAAGGUCUGUACAAGGCUAGGGAGAUAAGAUUCCAAUUGUUGGACAUCCUCAAGACUCUCAAAAUUCCACUCACAUACUGUGGUCCUGAUUGGGAUGUUGUGCGGAAAACAAUCUGUUCCACAUACUUCCAUAAUGCAGCUAUGCUGAAGGGGAUUGGGGAAUAUGUUAAUUGCAGGAAUAGAAUGCCCUGUAACCUGCAUCCCACAAGUGCUCUCUAUGGAUUGGGUUACACUCCUGAUUACGUGGUUUAUCAUGAGGCAAUCUUGACGACAAAGGAGUACAUGCAGUGUGUGACGGCUGUGGAGCCUCACUGGUUAGCAGAGUUGGGGCCAAUGUUUUUCUCCGUGUAAGAUUCUGAUACAUUAAUUCAUAAACAUAAAAUGAAACAGAAAACUGUUUUGUAUAGUAUGUGUUAACUUCUUUAGAAAUCUACAUGUGAUUUGUUGUUGUUUAAGUUGUUUUGGAUAUUUUUUAUCAUUUGAUGAAUAUCAGAAAAAGAUCAUUCCAAAAAUAUAAGACUAGAUGAUGUAUCAUUAAGCAUUUGUUUGCGCGGUUAUUUAGGUCAGAAUGAAUUUGUGUCGUUCAAGAAAAUGGUACACACCAUAUUUAAAUAUUAUAGCUUGGAUGUUUGUCAAAAGUGUAAACAAAGCGAUUGUUAACCUGUUUCUUGUGAGCUUUUGUUUAGGUCUAUUAUUAUUUUAUCAAUUCUAUGACUGUAUAAUUUGAGAAAGUAUUAGAUGAAAUUAAGUGUUGUCUAGGGGCAGACUGAGAAUCUGGCUUCUAAGGUACCUUUUCAGUUUUCUAUUUUUGCCGUUUUCUUUUGAUUAUCCUGAUUGCAUUAUGUCAAUGUUUAAGCUUUGUAUCACACAUGUAUUAAUGUACUUUUAAUACAUUUUUGAACAAUGUAUUGGAAGGGGAGCAAAUGUUGAUGUACACACUGAAUGAGGCAUCGAGGAACGUCAUGGCAUCGAUGAUAAAGUUGAUGCUCUGAAGAGCAUAAUCAAGAUCAGCGUCAGUAGUUCAAUAGGUAUCACAUGGUGGUCGAGGGCUCAUCAACAGUCAAUAGAACUUAAUAUACAGUAAACAUGAUACUGUCUCUUCCAUGCUUGGACGAUUUGUUGGUUCUCGAGUCAAGCAUCUUAAGCUUAGCUACUGCAGCAGAAAGCAGAAUUUCUCCACUUUCCUCUACAAUUACAGCAUCUUUGCCGGUGACUAAUUCCAACAGGACAACUCCAAA